AUGCACACGCAUCAAUAGCACAAUGAAUUCCCUUUUGUCGAUAUUGCUCUUAACCUAUAGUUGACCGGCUCUAUCGCUCGCGCCUCGGCCGAUUGCUUUUUAAAAAAUGCACGAGCUCGUCGAACGGUUCGAUGCCGUAAACGGGCCAAAUGGAAAAUAACGCGGACAUGAUACGAGCUGCCAUGUGCGCUUUUCGCCAAGCUAAUUUUUUCAGAUUGCGAAAGCGCUCGCUCGAGCUUUAUCGGAUAUCUAUUUUCGCGGAGCUAAACUGUGCCAGUGUGUAAAAACGUACGAAGGGUUCUGUCCCUUUUUAUCUCUUUUUGAGAAUCCGCGAUAUGUGCUACCCAACAACGACGAGAUUUUUCAACCUGUUCUCGGUUCUCGGCAAGAGGACGGGAGGGAGAGAAGGGGAGAUGUGCGAAUGCAAGAAAAGAUCGACACGUGCAACGUUUGAUUUUUCCUGCUAAAAUCAAACACGCUCCCUUGGUCGCACUAAAACGCAGUGGCGCGUAAAAUUGCACGUGCAGAAUCGCGUGCGAGCGCUUUCGCCGCGGUUGCUAGAACGGCGAACAAUGAUGCUGCGUAGGUUAAUCUUUCAAAUAUGGCGGUCGAUAAUAUAAUAUAUAUACGAUAAUGAAGACAGCAGCGAAAUACCUUGUCGGUGCACGGAAACAUUUCGCGCGACGUUUCACACUCGAAUCGGAUCGGAGCGCCUCGUGUGUCUCCCGUGACAAUGCACGUGCCUCUUCGUUGCUUCGCCGCAAAGUUCGAUUCAAACGAUAUUCUCCGUUCUCGUUCGAUACGGCGACGACGAAGUCGCGGCAAAGUCUCUCUCUCUCUCUCUCUCUCUCUCUCUCUCUCUCUCGGCGAGACGAGCUGCCGCGGCGAAUUCCGCGCGGCACCAGUCGCUUGCGCCCUCUUUUCCUCGAUCAUCAGCGACUCGAUCCGGUCGGUAAUCGAGAUCUCGGGCUCGGCAACGAGCGUCAGCCGCGAGGACGCGCCGUGCGCGCUUGCGCGCGCGCACCCUCAACACUGGCGUCAUACGUUUACCUCCGAGUCGAUAACGACGUCAUGACGCGUAUCCGCGCAUAUAUAUCAAUGGUACCGUAGUCGAUGAUAAUUUCGCAUCGACUCAAUGACGUGUCCGGCGGAGGAGCUGGAGACUGAAUCAGCAGCGCUCACGGUGGAUCACGCUCGGCUCGACGUGACGGUCAGGCCGAGGGAAUCGCGCGUGAGGAUCGCGGCGAAGCGACGGAGAAGUGACGGGGACGGGACCUCGUGGCCGCGCCGGCCAGAGGCUUCGCCGUGUCAGCGACAGACGGCUCCAAAAGCAUCGUCCGCGUUCGUUCGAAUGGCAGAGGUGCAUCGGCGACUGGUCACGUCGCCGCGCUCGCGCGACCAAUCGCCGGCCGCCGGCGCGUACCACGUGAUCGUAAAAAUCGAAAUGGUGGACGUAUCGGGACGCAGGUUCCCGUGCGGAGACGAAGGACGAUAAACUGGGCAAGGGCCCGUCAUCCGUGUCAUCGGUAUCGUGCGUUAAUUAGCGCGGUGGAACGUGCUGUACGCGGGACGCGCCGCUGAGAGAAUCGACCGCGAUUUGGAGCGCGUCACGGGCCGCGGCCAGACCGGUGUUGCGCGUGCUGCGGAUCCGUAAGUGUGGUGAGUGCCGAUCGACGCGUGUUUACCGAAGUGUCAACCCGCCCGUAUUGUAACGUGCACGCGUGUCUCCGUCGUCCGGCCGUGCCGCCUACACGGCCGAGGAAAACGGAGCCGCGGAUACCUGCUGCGAGCUGGCCGCGCGCGAGUGGACGAAUCGUGUCGAAUCGCGCUUGUUGGUCUCUCUCUCGCGAGACUUUCGGUGCGCUCGGGAGCUGGAGAGAGAAAACGAGAAAGAGGGAGGGAGACGGACCGAGCGAAGGAGCGACUGAGAGAGCGAGAGAGAGAGAGAGAGAGAGCUAGAAAGAGAAAGAGCGAGAGAGAGAGAGAGAAAGAGAAAGAGAGAGAGAGAGAGAGAGAGAGAGAGGGAUCUCUUGAGAGAUCCGAGACUCUGGAAGCGGAUGCGAAAGGGAAGAGAGAGAUCGUCGGGCUCCGAGGACAGACGGCAGCCUUUUCACGCGGCGGGCUUCUGCCCGCGGCAGCAUGUCCGAGUGUACAGAGAUUCGCUCGCUGUCAGAGGACGAUGCGUUGCUGCAUGAACCCCACGACUCACGGAGAAGAUAGAACACCUUUCUGACUUAGAAAAAGCUUUGUGCAAUACAUGGAAAUGACACAUAGCCCCACAACUAUAAACUGUCGCAAUAAAUAUACUGAAAUACUCAGGAGGCGUGAGAAUGUUUGCAAUGCGCUGUGAAGAUCUUGGAUUUUUGUCAGAACAAGGAAACUAAGUUACUGCCUGCCAACAAUAGCACACCCACGCUUAUCACCUGUUUAGUGAAUGUCGUGACGAUGAUAAUUUAAUGGCUGUCAGAAAGGUUCUAACGGACAGUCCGCUAUAAACGCAUGAUAUCCAAGUAAAACAGGCUAUUCUGUAGCUGUGAAAAUACUCCCAAUUCCUAAUGAACAAAUCAGGAACAAGGACCUAUGAAAUUGACUGAAUCUAAAAGAUAAAUCUAAAAGAAGAGUAAAAAUAUAAUUCUAACUACUCUAUUUUACUACACUAAUAAUUAUUAACCAAUGGUUGGAAUACUCUAUGAUAUUCUGUCCUAUGAAUCGCGCUCCGUAUCCUAUAACAGACUUAAGAAGGACCUAGGGAUAAUUUGGAAGGGCUUUACAAUUUCUUAUUAAUAUGCUUUACGACCAGAGAAGAGAUAUACUUGCAAGAUUUUAUUUUGUCACGCAGAUUUAUUUUUUAAAACUUUAAAUGAUAUAUGUAAUUAAAGUCUACUGUGACUCUUGAGACCUGGCCAGCUGCGAGUGUAUUUUUGGCAAGAGUAAAUUGUAUAAUACAAAUUACGGCGGAUGCUACAUAGUAUAAUCAAUGCGUGUAAAUAAUCAUAAACACUGAUAUAUUAUCGCAAAUUUGUGAAACAAAAUGUAUAAUAAUUAUUUUAAACGCUUAAAUCAAUGGUUGUACAUAACAAGUAAGCAAGAAACAGUAGGAGAAGCGACAUAUUUGAAAUACUGUACAGAUGAUAGAGGACGUACUUGUUAACCCUCAUAGAUACAAGGGUUAAAAAAGAUGGACAACUGUGGAUCUGGUGUAGUGCAGGUAUUUGUGGGUGAAUGGAGCCCAGAAUAUGAGGCACUAUCCAUCAAAGCCACGAAGCAGACCUCAUCGGCCGAGAUAGUGGAAUGUAUUAUCGAAAGACUCGGAUUGGUUGACGUUUCUGUUUCGAACGGCUAUGAGUUAGCGGAAGUAGUAGGAAAUUCCGUUGGGCAAGAAUGUAAGGAAAGACGACUUGGCCCUACCGAGUGCCCCGUAGCGCUCAUGUUACUGUGGCCGAAAAAUGCCGCUCAACAGGAAUACUACAGGUUUUAUCUGCGAAAGAAGCAGCCGGACUACUUGUGGUCCGACAGUAGAUUUCCUAUGGACCCUCAGCUUUUAAAGGACUAUUUCAACAGAUUUCUUUAUCAGCCACGCGACAAAGAAUACCCGGAUCUGUGUCAGCUUCCGGAUCUGAACGAGCAAACACUGUUGGACAACCUGAGAGCCAGGUUUCUCGCUGGCAACAUAUAUACUUAUGUUGGCAGCAUACUGAUUGCCUUGAAUCCAUUCAAAUUUUAUCCCAUCUACAAUCCGAAAUACGUGAAACUAUAUCAAAACAGAAGACUUGGGCCAGACAUACCUCCGCAUAUAUUUGCCAUAGCCGAUGCAGCUUAUCAUUGUAUGCUCAAGGAGAAAAAGAAUCAGUGCAUCGUUAUCAGCGGUGAGAGCGGUUCCGGUAAAACGGAAUCGACGAAUUUCUUGUUGCAUCAUUUGACUGCGCUUAGUCAGAAGGGUUCGCACGGCAGCGGAGUGGAACAGACGAUACUCAGUGCCGGCCCUGUCCUGGAAGCGUUUGGCAACGCGAAAACGGCACACAACAAUAACAGCAGUCGCUUCGGCAAGUUUAUCCAAGUAAACUAUAAAGAAAAUGGAAUGGUUCACGGUGCUGUGGUUCAGAAGUAUCUCCUGGAGAAAUCAAGAAUUGUCUCUCAGGGACGAAACGAAAGAAAUUAUCACGUGUUUUACUACCUGCUGGCUGGCGCGAGUGAGCAAGAAAAACAGCUGUUGCACUUGGAGAGCUGUGAUCGGUAUAAUUACUUAAACAAAAGCGGCUGUUACGGACUGGAGAAUAUCGACGAGCGACAUGAGUUCUCGAGAUUGAAACAGUCCAUGGAAAUGGUGGGCUUCACGGCGGAGAAGCAGAGGCGGCUCUUCGCGGUCCUGUCGGCGGUUCUUUUACUAGGUAAUGUCGAGUUUCACCCGAGAAAGUCGUAUCACCAUCAUGACGAGGCUGUGGGUGUUAAGAAUCCAGAAGUUGUCGCCCUGAUAUCGGAGCUGCUCAGGGUGAAACAAGAAACUCUAUUGGCCGCGCUUACCGCCAAGCGCGCGAGAGCUUCUGGAGAGACUUUAGUCAUCAAUUACAGGCUGCCCGAAGCAAUUGCGGCACGUGACGCCAUGGCGAAGUGUCUGUACGGAGCUCUGUUCGAUUGGAUCGUACUGCAGGUGAACCAUGCGUUGCUUUCUAAAAAGGACACUCUCAGAGAUCAUCAAGGCAAUAGCAUAGGUGUGCUAGAUAUAUUCGGUUUUGAAGAUUUCAAAACGUGCAACAGUUUCGAGCAACUGUGUAUCAAUUAUGCGAACGAGCAGCUGCAGCAUUACUUCAAUCAGCAUGUUUUCCAAUACGAACAACGGGAAUAUCGCAAGCAGGGCAUCAGAUGGACAGACAUAGGAUACAGCGACAACUCUGGAUGUCUCAAUCUUAUCGAGGGGAAACCAAACGGUCUUUUGUGUCUCCUCGAUGACCAGUGCAACUUUCCUGGCGCCACGAACGAGACGUUGCUGCAAAAAUUUAACACUGUGCACAAAGAGAAUCCGUUUUACGAGGCGCCGCAGCGCCGAGAAGCGGCAUUCGUUGUUCGUCAUUAUGCCGGCUCGGUCAAGUACCAGGCCGCCAAUAUGCGGGAAAAGAAUCUGGAUUUGAUGCGACCUGACGGUGUAGUCGGAGUUUUGAAAAACUCUUCCCUCGCCUUUGUGCGAGAAUUAGUCGGCGCCGAUCCGGUCGCCGUGUUUAGAUGGGCCAUACUGCGAGCCUUCUUUCGCGCUCACUUUGCAUUUCAGGAGGCUGGCCGAGCGCACAGGCACGGCAGAGUUGAUGGAAAUAAAACGUCCGUGCAAAAUAGAUACAGGACGCCCAACGAGAACUUGAUAAGUUCGCACAAACACACUCGUCCGCCAAGUUAUCAGAAGCAGCGCAGUGUAUGCUUACCGCCGACCGCUCCCUCCGCCACAUUACCUCCUAUACAAAUCGAAAACAACGACAAUGUAAACAACAAUCGCCUAUCGUGGCCACAGUUUAGAAAUAUUAAUCAGACGCAACACACGUCGAACGUUACAUCGGCGAAGGGUUACGUAAUACGCGGCAGGGAAGACCAGCCCCAUAGUAAUAAUAAAUUCAGACGAGAUACUCACACACCGCUAGAGAGGGUGCUUCCAAAAGACGAAGCGAACGUCAUGGAACGCGCUAAUCAGAUCGUCAUGAAAAACAAAUCGUUCCGACCGAGGGAACGCGGUAAAAAGGGCUUGAAAAAUCUGCAAACUGUGAAGACGCUCGCCGGGAGGACUCAGAGUUACGGUACCGGGCCCGGCAAGGCCAGGAAACAGCCCAUGACAGUAUCCGCGCAAUUCCAGCAGAGCCUGCACAGCCUGAUGGAUACUCUGAACCAGGCUAACCCUUUCUUCAUCAGGUGUAUCAAGAGCAACGCCAACAAAGUGCCGAACGAAUUCGACGAGGAGACGGUGCAACGGCAGUUGCGCUACACGGGAAUGUUGGAGACCGUCCGAAUAAGGCAGGCCGGUUUCAACGUGCGGCUGACGUACGAGGAAUUCAUACAGCUGUACCGAAUGCUGCUUCCCAAGGGUCUUCUGAGCUCGCAGUCCGACGUGAGAGACUUCUUGUUGACCCUCAAUCUCAACCGGGAUAAUUAUCAGCUGGGCACCACGAAGGUCUUCCUCCGAGAGUCCGAGAAGAUCAAGCUGGACAUUGAGUUGCAUCAGCAAAUCAUAACGAGCAUCACCACGAUACAAAAGUGGUUCCGCGCUUGUCUGGAGAGGAGGAAGUUCCUCCGGCUGAAGAACGCCGUCGUACAGAUACAAUCCUUCUGGAGGAUGGUCACCGCGCAGAGACUCGCCCAAAUUAUCCGCGCGAGAACCGAAGCCGCGUUGCACAUACAGACCGUUUGGAGGAUGUACAAGCAGCACAGUUGGUUCAAGAAGCUCAAGUCGUGCGUGAUCACUUUCCAAGCGUACGUCCGAGGCAAUAACGCCAGGAAGAGGUGCAAUGAGCUGAAGAAGCAGAAGAGAUCGGAUAAACUCCAGGAGAUCAAAGAACUUCAAGAGUUCAAGGAGCUUUGUUACCCACAUCUUAUAUACGACAACAAAGUGUGCGCCAAAGAUCGGGACAGCGAGGAAUCGUUCGCGGAAGAUCGCAGUCUGACGGAAUACGGCGUCUCGCCACGGAAAAUAGAAUCUCAGAGCCGAUUGACGUCAGCGAGGGGCGAUAACGCGCAUCGAGAGAGCGCAGUGGAUACGAGCAUCUCGUAUUCCAAACGGAAGCUCACGCCGAAUAAGCGAAUUCUGCACGAACCGCCGACGUUGAAGAGCACGGAAACGUACCUCACCGAUGAAAUCACGGAACGCAAGAGCAGUCUUGAGAGUCUGACGAGCUUGAGGAGUUACGAAUCUCAAGCCAGCAUUAAUAGCUCCGAGUCGCAGGAUAACUCGAGCUCGAAACCGGUGCCGAGCACGAGGACGAAGCGCGGUGACCAUUCGCCGGUGGUCACGUCGAAUGUGAACCUAAUAAACGCGUCUAGUCGACUCUCCUCGGUUAGCAGGAGAACCGACAGUUCCUCGACGGGGUAUAGUGACGGCGAGACCGAGGGCGAAACGCUCAAUGCCGUGCAGAGCGCCCCGCCGGUCUUCAACACCAGCCCACCGUAUCACAGUUCGCGCGAAAUGAAGUAUCAUUCCGCCAACGUGAACCUAAUGCACAGCCCGAACUCGGACAUUUGGUGUCGCAGAGCAGACUACUCGUCCGCUAAUUACGACUAUUUCAUGUCGGUGCCUCCGAAGGCGACUGUCACUCGUUCACCGAACGUAUCGCACUACAAGAACAUAAACGACAACGUGUUCGAGCCGGUCCGGCAGCAAGAAAAGCCGAACGAAGCGGCGAACUUCAACGUCAAGCUCGACACGAGCGACCGGUUCGCACAGUUGGAGAGCUUGGCGAGUGCCAGGCAACAGCGUAGGCUCAGUGACAAUAGUGUACCUGACGAAAGAACAGAGAACGUUCCGAUAUCACCCGCGAAACGGGAUCAUCUGCACGGGCCUAUGAAGAGCGUCAAAGACCUCGCCUAUUUGCGGCGACAGAACUCUGAAGGAGACUCCGCGGCGAAGGUGGACGUUGCCGACGACGGUGCUCUGAAGAGCUCCUUGUUGAGAGGCUCGUCCCCGAAGGAGAAGAACUCGCGAGCGAAGGAGAAGCACGAGCCGGACGUGCCGGUGAGAAGCGCCAGGCGAAACAGACCGUCGAGGGAGGUCCAGUGUCGAUCAAUGGGCGAGAGCGUGUCCGAGGCGAACACCGAGACGCGAAAUCUCUUCCUCGGCACGAUCAAGGAGAGCGACUUGAACAAAACGUCGCACGUGUGGUCCCGGAAAGAUUACCCGCACGAGGCUACGUCCAGGUCCGUCACGGACUGGCCCAUUAACAAGAACGAGGCUGCGUACAAGGGACAACAGCCCGGUAAACGCAUGAGAUCUAACGCGAUCACGACUCUCGAGCUACGAAGACGAAACUCGGAUCCGGCCACGAAGAUCUCGGGCCUGAACGAGGAUAAGAUGGGCUCGGACACUAGUCCCAACGACAUGAAAUCCAACAUGAAUCUCCUCGAAUGGAAGGGCAAUCUUUUCACCUUGGCCGGCCAUCGCUUCCGGAAGGUCGCGAGAUUCGCGAAGGACGACGUAUGCGUGUGUUGCUACAAGAAGAUGGAUGCGUUUGUGACGCAGGGUUACAAGUGCAUCGACUGCAAGGAACUGUAUCACGUCAAGUGCAUCCAGAACGGCGGAGUGCUAAAGAUGCCAUGCGUGUCGGCCAACACACCGAACAGACGGAAAAACAGGAAGCCACCGCGAACACCGUAUGACACCACGAAACAGACGGUGGCGUCCAAGUUUAGUCUGACCGGUACCUCGGCCUUCUCCGACAGCACGGACAAGAUCAUCUCCGAUGCCAAGGAGUUGGCACUGAUGCAAGAGUUCAUUACCAAGAAGAUCUACGUAAUGGAGGGGCAGGAGGAGGGACGGAAGCCGAGCGAGGUGGACCGUGUUUUUAGGCAAGCUCUGAAGAAAUUUAAAGAAGAUCUGGUGAUCACGUACAGUGUCGUCAUUCAGCAAGGCGUAGAGGGCAACAUCAAGUACACCGACUUGAUCGCCAAUUUUCUUCACGUUAUGGAGACCGUCUGCAAGCAGGAGAACACGAGAGAAGAUUUCCCAGUAACGAUGGGCGUGAAUGCAUUCAGGGGCUUCAUGAACGAAUUUAUGACGAUAGUUAAGACCGAAGCUCCCGAGAAGCACAGCAAGAGCAAGCGGAAGAAGGAGAAGAAGCGGAAGCAGGAGGAGCCCAUACGGCACGGCAGUCACAUGUUCCAGUUGACGAUCAUCAACAUACCGACCGCCUGCGAGGUCUGCACGUCUUUCUUCAUGUGGCCGAUCGAGCGAGGACUCGUUUGCCAAAACUGCAAACUGACAUGUCACAAGAAAUGCUACACGAAGGCAGUGGCCGAGUGCGGCAAGGAAGGCUCACUAUCCGAGACCAAUCCGCGCAAGGUGUUCGGUGUACCGCUGUAUAAACUGGAUUGCGGUGACGGUAAAGUGCCGCUUGUGGUUGAUCGUCUGAUCACGACAAUCGAGAUGCACGGUCUCUACACCGAGGGUAUAUACCGCAAGAGCGGCGUCAGUUCCAAGGUGAGGGAGCUCAAGAUGAAAAUGGAUGAGGGCGACUUGGAGAAAGUGGACUUUGAGAACUAUCAAGUGCACGUGCUAGCUGCGGUGCUAAAGAGCUUCUUCAGAGACAUGCCGGAGCCGCUGUUGACCUACGAGUACUACGACGAUUUUCUGCACGCGGCUAAUUUGACAGACCCUCACGACAGGAUCAGCACACUUUUCGCCAUACUGAAGAAACUACCGAAGCCGAACUUCGAUCUGAUGGAACGUCUGAUCGUCCACCUGGCGCGCGUGGCACGGCACGAGGUGGACAACAGAAUGUCGCCGUCGGCUCUGGCGAUAGUCUUCGCACCGUGCAUUCUCCGGACGAACAGGACAUUGCCCGCGCAGGACUCCCUUCAGGACGUGGGUAGACAGACGCGUUGCGUCGAGACGAUCGUGCAGGAGAAAUUGCGGGUCGUCAGGGCGACGUUAGCGGAUAUUAAUACCCUCGAGUCCGCCUGUCACACGGCGACUCAUAGACUGUCCAGUCUACGAUCGUCCAAGAUCUUUAGCCCGGAAGAGCUGAACGCGGCGAUUCCGAGCGUUGCGGGAAGAGGUGGCGCGAUGGAUCGCGACAGAGAUCGGGGAGACGAAGAGGAAGCGUUACUCGUCGGUCACAUACAAGAGAUUCAGAAAGAGAAAGCUCUCUUGACGUCUACCCUACCCAGUUUGACGAGGGCUUCCUCGGACGACGAUCUCCUGUCUGCCACGGAUUUGGACGACGGAUCCCUCGACGAUCUUCUGCCGCCUUCCGCUGACGGACUCGUAAGGAAGAAGCCCAUUCAAAGGCAGAGUUCGGCAGACAAUUCGUUUCCGACGAUUAACAAUAUUGACGAGGACAUGGUAAUGGUAUAAAACAUCGGCCGCGAGUAACGUUUCACAUGCGUUCUAAAUGGUACAGUAGUGCGAAAGAUGCUGCGAGAUGUGAUGUCGUGUUUAGGGAAAGAAAUCAACGACCCCGAUCGCUAAAUGACUCGUGACUCAGCGGAUCAUUAGUGUUUUGACUCAUUAGUAGACGCAAUUUUAGAUAGCUCUCGUAAUUUGUUGACUCCGUAAAAAAGUUUAACUAUGCGACUGAAAUAAUUUUGUUCUCUUGUCGUCGAAGUCAGUAGAGAGAUGUCCGAUAUGUUAAUCCCAUAUGUGGUAUGUGUGUAUGUGUGCGAGAGAGAGAGAGAGAGAGAGAGAGAGAGAG